AAUUGGUAUCAGAGCGGGUUCUAAAGAUUUUUAGUUGAUCCGUGGUCAAGGAUGGAAUGUGAACGCGACAGAGCCUCUAGUUCCAUAAAUUGCCCGCCUUGUUUUGAUGGUGAAGAUUUCUCGCAAUGGAAGAUCAUGAUGAGUAUCAAGCCUAAGAAAAAGGAUGAGCUAUUUAAAGUCAAGGAAAGCUUCAACAAGUUCUCCAUUGGGUCUGAAAAGGUUUCUAAGAUGAUUGGCUUUGGUAAAGUUCAUAGCAACAAAGAAGGUUUAGGGUAUGAAGGUGGAACUUGCAAGCCUUUGACCUUUGUAAGAGGUGUGGAAUGUGAAAAGUCAAUGGGCCAUUCUCAAACUUCAAAUGACCAUGAUUCUGCUCCCAAGUUGCCCAAAAGAUUAGAACCGAAUUUGAAUUCUCAAACCAAUCAGAGAGUUGCUCAGGUAAGUUCUGACAAACACAGGUAUAUUCACAACUCCAUAAAGUUCAUUCCCACUUGUCAUUAUUGUGGAAAAUUGGGACACAUACGUCCUAGAUGUAAUAUACUUCGCAGGAUCACUCAAAGUCAAAGGAAAGCAUCAAAAAUUAGCCCAACUGCAUCGCUGCAAGCUGAGCUGAAAGAGCAUCUGAAGUUGAUUAAAAGGAUGGCAGAGCGUAUUCCAAUCCCCAAAGAGCAGAAUUUGAAGCAGAAGCAAAUUUGGAUUAAAAAAGGUUCUAAUAAUUGUCUUUCUGCUCAUAUGGAUAAACUUGAUAACAUGUUUGAACUUGCUUCUGUUCCUAUUAAACACAAAUUGGCUGAUUCGGUUACUAAGUCCUUAAACACAGCUCGAUUUGAAUCUCUUAGAAGCGACAUUGGUGGGUGCUCUAAGUAUUGAUACUCUCACUUCACUUGAUCCAUUCUGCAUGCAUUCAUAUUGUAUGAUCUCAUUGUAGUAUAAGUGCAUUGCUCUUUUUAUUUCUGUAUUUUUUAUUUUUCUGGUUUCUGGAGAAUCAGGAUUGCAUGUGUAGUUUGUAUCCCGAAGUGUCUGACAGAUUCAUUUGAACUUAGAUUGACAAUGUUUCUACUCCCUUCCUUAAAUAUGAGUGUGAUGAGAUGAUUAGCAUGUUUUGAACUUGUUCUUGCAUCACUGUGUAAUCUCAAACAUGAUCAACAUAUUCUCUAUCACUUUGUAUGAUCACAUGCACACAUACUCCUUGUGGUGGUAAGUAAUAUUCUUGGUUGACUUGUUCUUAGUCCACACAUAUGAAGUUGUUAAAAUGUUAUUAUUGCUCCUACUUAAAAAGGUACAAUAUAUUUGGAGCAUGGCCAGGCUAUUCCCAAAGUAAACAGGCCUUGGUCGUGACGAACGAUAUAAGGAUUGGGAAGAAAAGGGAAUGGUUUGGUCACCCCGGUGGUAUGUAAAACUAUUGACUCGAGUUGAUGUGUCCUUUGGGAUGUCCUUGUUACAUCUAGUACCCUAAAGUCAUCUGACUUGGGAGCUGCUGGCAUAAAACUCAUUACAUGAGUCUUAGUUUUCUUGUGAAAAACUAUAUGUUGUGUGAAAAGAAAAAAAAAAAAAAAAAAUUUAACAUUGUGCCCACACGGAGAUAUAAGGGGGAAUAUCUAUGUUGUUCAUUUAUUCUCUUCGUGUGUGUGUUCUAAUUUCAAGGAUUCUAAGAAUGUUACACACUCCAUCUUGAGUUAUGUUCACUUACACAACAAAGGUAUAGAAUACUCGAUCAUCUUCCAGCUUACCUUGUGGUUGUCAAAAAUGGUUUACUCAUGUGACCUUAUCUUGUUGCAUUUAUGUUUAUGGUUUUGUGGUCGUACUCUUGUCUGAAAAGCUAUGCAAAUUGAAUCUGUUUUUAACUCUUGGAUACAAACCCACUCAUUGUGUGUUUGCAUUUCAUUCGUGCAUCCUUCAUAACAUGAUCCCAUUUAGGGGGAGUAUUGAUAUUUGGACUAUCUUCCUCUGAUUGUUUCUUCUUGGGUUGGUGUCUCUUGAGCAACAUCUACAGGUAAUUCUUCUUCUACAUUGCUUCGGCUACAUAGUUGCCUUUGUCAUUCCUUGACAAAAAGGGGGAGAAGAUAUUGUUGGCAUUUUGUUUUUUCUGUUAAGGAUUAUUUUGCUACUACAUGGCUUAUUGAGUUGUGGCUUCAUCAUAUUAUUUAUUUCUCACAAAGUUUGUGUGAUAAAUGUUUCAGGGAAUGAAGGCUUCUUUCUUCCUAAGAAUUCUCAAGUAUUUGUUGAGGGGGAGUUAGCCAUCCAUAUAGUAAUUUUGUUAAGGAAUGCCAAAGGGGGAGAUUG